GGAUCUCGGGCCUCGGAUCCGGCACGAUUCGACAUUCAGAAACCAUAAACGUACAAAACGUGUGGAGGUCACAGGUCAUAUUAAGACAUCAAGACAUAGACUAUUGACUUUGUUCCACCUCACUCUUCGCGUUUUCACACACCCAGCAGCCAUGACAAUCACAGAGGGAUUCAUUACACCGGUACCCAACGCCAACCCCAACGCGCUCGGCAAGCAGGAGGUGCCCAUUGCACCCAUCAGCUGCUGGAACAUUGGCUUCGUGACCAGCGUCAUCGCCUUCCCCUCUUCCUUGGACGAGGAGCGCCUCAAGAAGGCGUUCGCGACGGCCGCCAGCUUUUGGCCUGUCGUGUGUGGACGCUUCGUCAAGAGCUCCACGCCUGGCUUCCCCGAGUUUGCUAUCUCCCUUACGGAGUCGCCCAUACCCUUCUCUACCCAGACGACCACGGAUGAGUACCCGUUCCCAAACAAGAACGUGAUCCAGGAGUCACUGGGCUCGUAUGCCCCUCCCCUCAAGGAUGACUUCUUCGUCCCCGGUGCCGACUCGGCCCAGUUGGCUGUCCGUCUCUCAACGCUUGCGAACGGAAACUCUGUCCUCGGCGUGAACUGGGGUCAUGUUCUCGGUGAUGCGGCGACGUUCUCCCGCUUCCUCGAGGACGUCUCCCUGUUCUACAACAUGGGCCGCUUCGCUGACCUCGGCGAUGACAUGCCGACCUUCGCGCCGCACGUCACCAUCCCGCCCGCGAACGAGAAGACGCUGAAGGAGUUCCAUCUCGACCUCCUCGAGCCCGUGAGCGUAGAGCAGGCGUUCAAGGGGUACGCCGACGGAACGACGUCAGGACAGUUCUUCACCGUCCGCCUUACGCGCAAAGAAAUCGCGCACAUCACGGCGUCCCGGACCGCUGGCGAGCACUGCAGCGACGGUGACAUGUUGUCGGGGUGGUGGAUUGGCGUGCUCGAGCGCGCAGGGCGGCGAGUAGACCGUGCUGUUCAGACCAUCAAUUAUCGCAGCUGGCACCAGGGCGACCGCGCUUUCCCGCGCAACUUGCCCACGCUCGUGGCCAACGUUGCGCAGAUGCGCGAGAUUCCCAUCCCGCCCCCGACACAGGGGCAGAAGCCCACUAUCCGCGCCCGCGCUGUCGCGCGUGCCAUUAGGGGUGGGAUGCAGGAGCUCAAGAACGACCGCGACAUUAUGCUCAAGUGGCUCGGCAAUGCGGCGUUUGAGAUUGGCCGUGCGUCGCAUGAAGGCAAGACGUUCUGCCUUGUACCCCGGCCAGGCGGUGUAGUGAUCAAUUCGAACAUGCGGUACGACUGGGCGAUCAAGUUUGGGCAGCCAGGCGCCAACUACCACACGGAUGUGUGUCUGAACAACUUCCUGCGCGUAUUCCUCGCCAACGCCGCACCUGGACAGGAGGCGGCGCCUGCGGGCGAGCGGGACGUGGAGCUCGCAUUCCGCGUCGAGUGGGGCCCGGCGGCUGAGGCCGUGCAGAAGGUCAUUGACGAGGACCGGGGGCGUUGGGCGACGAGCGAGCCGGCGCCGGAGGAUGAAUCGGCUGCCGAGGCGCCCAUCCGGACUUUUAGCAUGAACUCGGUGCCCGCCCGGUCGCCUUGGGGUGAGUAGAGGAAAAGUACGGUACUUGUAGCCUUAGGAUCAUACAAUGCAGUAGGACGUGAUACAGAGAGUCACGCGUGUAUGUGACUGUAGGGUCGGAGAUGAGAGAUCGAUGAUACAGAGAA